AUGUCUGUUGUCAGCGUCUCCCUCUCCCCUUACCACUCCUUCUCCAAAAUCCCCGUAUCAAGCAUAACCCUGAUUGCAAAUUUCGGUGUCAAGGGUGAUGUGCACGGAGGCGCCACCGCCCAGCACCACCCUCAUCUUAACCUCGACCCACCCGCUCCCAAUCUCCGCCAGGUGCAUUUACUAGAGUCCGAGGUUCUCGCAUCCGUUGGCUCUGAAACCAUGGGAAAGCCUAUGAAACAAGGUCAACUGGGAGAGAAUAUCACAACGGCGGGAGUUGAUUUGCUAUCACUGGGAAAAGGUACCAAGCUUUGGUUUAUCAACGCGACGACAAGGGCUGUUCCAACAAGGGAGGUUGCAGUGGUAGAGGUUACCGGGUUGCGGGAUGCGGGGCCGCAGAUUGACGAGUUUCAGAAAGGGUUGCAGGAAAGACUGUUGGUUAGAGAUGGCAAGGGUGGAAUUGUUGGGCGACGAGCUGGGAUCAUGGGAAUUGUAGUGGAUGGUGGUGAAGUUAAGUCUGGUAUGAGGAUUGUUGUGGAGCGGCCGUCAGUUCACCAAAAGUUGGAAUGUGUCUAA